AUGUUUCCCUCUUCAUGGUGCAAGUUCAUCAUUUUAUCUGCUCUGCUGCACAGCAGAGCAACCGGUCUUGCCAUCCGCUCAGUCGGCCGAGUCUCGACUUCCACUCAACGUGCCCCGAGCAUUGCUCGCCGAGGUGUGGGCAACGAAGCAGAUGCUGUUCUUGGCGAGCAUCUUGACCACAAGUUCCAGAGGCUCGUCUCUGCAUCCGACGACCAAAGGCAUGCUCCUCUGUCGUAUGCCCCAAGCCCAACUCUCGGCGAUAUCGACGAAGCUCGAAAGCAUACGCUGUUAGUCAGCGAUACCGGUAUGCCGGUCUACAGUUGGUCAAGGGACCACCAAGCCGAGAAUGUUGGUAUCUUGCUCGGCCUAUUAGUGAGAGUAGCGCAAGGCCUAGACUGACCGCGCACAAAUCGUCUCUGGUGAUGUGCAACUCUGCUAGCAUGCCGAGCAUCCUUAUCUGCACAAAGUGUCCGUGCUAGCAGAUAGUGCAGAGCCAAAAGAUGGACUAAUGGCGUACCAAGCGCAUACCGAUCCGACCGACCUUGUAGGCAGCAUGACUCGUGAACUCGGCGGGGAUGCCGAGGUCUACAGAUCUCACAUCGACGAUUGGAGAGCGCAUCAGCCCGCCGUCACUGUGCAAUUGCCCGCCGGCCGGAAACUUCGUCCCAGCCUCUUUUCCAAAGCGUUCGACCCACCAGAGAUGGGCCGCUAUCGACAGACGGAGGUUGACAUGUACAAAGAGAAAUGGAUGAGACCGGAAAUCUUGAUGCGGGACAAAGGGCGCAUCCAAAAGAAGCUUUGGCCGGAUGAAGAGGUCAUCCGGCAAGCUCAUGCUAGUCGACGUCUCAAAGAUGCGCAACAGCUUGAACGCAUCAAGUCGGAAGACCCAGAAACAGUAGCGGUCGUUCAUGAUCGGCACCUUUCGACGGUUCAAGCUCGUCCUGUACAGACAGAGCACGCACACGCUCGAAUUUCCGACCUCCAAAAGUCUUCGCCGCCCAUUCAAGCACAGGAAAAAGGCGCCCUGAAUCAUCAUCCCACCACGAAGCAGGAUGACUCCGUGCAACUAAUCCGUCCAGCUCUGAACACUCUUCAGGACGAGACGACGCGCUCGGAACAGAUCGCCCAGAUGCACGAGUCCGAAUUGAAGAAGCCGCGCAAGUGGCAAUGGUACCAUGGCGAAUGGAUGGUCAACGAGUCUGCCAUGUGUCCACAUUGCAAGCAGUGGCCUUUGCACGAGAGGAGAACUUGA